AUGCGCUUGUUUGACUCAGACGCAUCUGUUGCAGACGCGCUCCUGCCCCCACACUCGCAGUCGCUCGCUGCCUCAUCCUUUAUUGGGGAGCUGCUGCACAACCCGGACAAGGCACAUCCGCGAGGUCUCACCUGCGCCGGCCCUGGCUGUGACCGAACCCAUUCCGUCACGUGGACAAAGCCCGCAGACCCCAACAACCUUCCCUGGGCGCCGGACCCGAGUAGCCCGCUCAGCAGCGAUGACAUCUACCUCUGCUGGCAGUGCUGUGCACUCUACGCCUUGCAGGGUGCAGACGCCGAUGCUCAUUGCUGGGUCUUUACGGGCAAGGAAAUGGUGUGCACAUGGGGCAGUUCUUGA